AUCAGAAAUGAUACUGAUCCUUUCUCCUCCGGGAAGUCAGCGUUCAGUCUGCAGUUUCUGUGUUGUCCGAGGCUGGAAGGAAACACAGGGAGAGCGUCAAAAUGAAGGAGUCGGAAAUAUUGAAGUUUAUCUGCGCCAAUCAAGGAGCAGUUGAAACUGAUUAUUUGGUGUUUAAUGUUCCUGAUUCAACCAAUGUUUCGGACAUCAUUUGUAACCAGGACAAAUUUGCGUCGUGCUGUCCCUUCGGGCAGCCGAAGGUGGUGGCCAGGACCAAACUGAGACUGUGCAGAACCAGAGACUGUCAGGGACCAUGCAAGGGGCUACACCUGUGUAAAAACUUCCUCUUCAUCGGAUCAUGUCAGUUCUCUCAGCUGAGGAGAGGAUGCAACUUCUCCCAUGAGCUGGACUCUGGUCGCAAUGAGGUGAUACUGAGAGAGCACGGGCUGGAGAGUCUGAGCAGGUCGGAGCUGUGCACACUGCUAAUGCAGAGCGACAACACGCUCCUGCCUCCUAUAUGUUACGAUUACAACAAUGGUGACGGGGAGUUUGGCCGGUGUCAGGAAGGCUUUGAUUGCAAGAGACUGCACAUCUGUGAGAAGUACUUGAACCGCGACUGCAGCUGCUCCAAGAAUCAUGAUUUUUACGCUCCACAGCCGUUAAAAAGCCUGCUGGAUAAAGGCGUGCCUGACAGCCUCAUUGGCUCCUUGAAGUUUGUCUAUGCAAAUAAAGCGGCUUUGAGGUACAGCAAUGAUGCGAGCAACAGGGCCAACCGUCAGGCGCGUCAGCCAAAGUCAUCCAUUGGUGAAUUCUUUGCUGCUGCCGACAACACUGAUGCGAGCGGCGACGAUGGUCUGAAUUUCGAACAAAGGCAGUGGUACAGAGGGAGAGGAGGCAACAGAGGGAACAGAGGGAACAGGGGCAACAGGGGCAACCGGGGCAACAGAGGCAACCGGGGCAACAGAGGAAACAGGGGCAACAGAGGAAACAGGAGCAACAGAGGAGACCACGGCAACUGUCAACCGCCGCAACGAAGCUCUUCCAUUAGUGACAGCUGUAGUGACUUCUUCGAUCUGUUCGCCGACAGUGGACCAAACGAAGGCAGCGGUGACUGGCUGCAACUGACCUCUUCCACCAGUGACAUUUCUGGUGCUGCCAACGACACUGACGCGAGCAGCGACGAUGGUCAGAGCAGAAACCGGACACGAAAUCGGAAUAGAACUUCAACAGCGGUCAGAGGACACGGUGGAGACCAUCAGCCGCUGCAGCCAACCCGCUCCGUCCACGAUGAUGCAAACAGCGGUGAUGGACAGCGCAGACGAGAAAGGCCCAGGCCUGUGAGAGAUAAAACGGAGAUAUGCAUGUACUUCAUCAAAGGACACUGUAAACAUGAGGACCGGUGUUUUAAAGCUCAUGACAAGAUGCCAUACCGAUGGCAGGUCAAAAAGGAUGAUCAAUGGAACGCCUUGCCCGAUAAUGAGACGAUAGAGAAGGACUACUGUGACCCUAAAAACACAUACAGUAGCAGCAGCAGCCCACCUGUGCAUUUUGACACGAUGACCUGUGGACUGGACAAAGUGCGACGACUCUCUACCGUUAACUCUCUGCUCGAGCCGACCUUCAUCCACACCACUGAGUGGGUUUGGUACUGGGAGGAUGAGUUCGGAAAGUGGAACAUGUACGCUACUGGUGGACACAAAGCAGCAGACAUGGACAGCGCCAAACUGGAGCAGAGGUUUCUGGACAAUGAGAAAGAUGUUGUGGAGUUCACCGCAGGUUCACAGUCAUAUACACUCAGUUUCCAGGACAUGAUACAAACAAACAAGCACUAUGGCACUAAGAGGCUUGUGAAAAGACGGCCACGGUUUGCCUCUGCAGCUGAUGUCCAAACAAGGAGAGUGAGCAGAAGGCCUCUUGGUCAACAAACUUUCACCGCUAUACCGGACUCCUGGGACAAGACGCAGGUUCCUCAAACAGGAUUCAAGCGAGUGUCCCUCUUGCGCUCCUCAGAUGAAUUUAAGGAGAUUGAAGCUCUUUUCUGUAAAACCAUGAGAGGCUUUGACAUCCUCAGCAUCGAGAGGAUUCAGAACAAAGCUCUUUGGGAAGUCUUUCAGUGGCAGAAAAAUCAGAUGAAGAACAACAACGGUGGAAGGAAUGUGACAGAAAAAAAACUUUUCCAUGGCACUGACUCUAAACAUGUAGAUGUCAUCUGCCACACCAACUUUGACUGGAGAAUCUGUGGAACUCAUGGAACUGCUUUUGGCAAAGGUAGUUACUUUGCCCGGGAUGCCAAAUACUCCCACAGCUACACCGGUGACUCUGAUGUCAAAUCCAUGUUCAUCUCCCGGCUGCUGGUGGGAGACUACACCAGAGGGUCCUCCGACUACCGCCGCCCUCCUUCCAAGGACGGAGGGGACAUAAACUUUUUUGACAGCUGCGUAGACGACGUCAUAAACCCUUCCAUCUUUGUUGUGUUUGAGAAGCACCAGAUCUAUCCUGAGUACCUUCUGCAGUACAAGACCACAGACCUGUUCGAUGACAUAUUUGGUGCUGCGUCUGCACUGGCAUCCAGACGAGUACCAGCUCCGAGACCAGCGCCCCAACCCAGCGUAUCAGUUUCUAAACCCAGCGUAUCAGUUUCUAAACCCACCACAUCCGUUUAUAAACCCACCACAUCCGUUUAUAAACCCACCACAUCCGUUUAUAAACCCACCACAUCAGUCUCUAAACCCACCACAUCCGGUUAUAAACCCACCACAUCAGUCUAUCAACCCAGCACACCGUCUUACCCCCCCAGCGCAUCACCAUACCAUUACCAAUCUAGCAGAUUAGAUGACCUGCUCAUGAUGUCUUCUCAACCUUCUCCACCUUCUCCCCCAGUCCGAAAAGCAAAGAAAGGUGAUUCAUGUGUCAUUGCUUAGUGAGAAACGUGAAGUGAGUGCAGGUGUGGUUAUGUUUUUUGGAAUGGAUAAUGACUUUAGAAGUAGCUUGAUGGGGCUCAUGCCGAAUGCUUUGGGUCAUUUUGGUGAUUAAAUAUAAUAAUAAUAUCUAUGAAAGUGUGGAAUGAGGUUUAGAGUGGCCAGAAAACCAGUCAAAUAGAAAAAAUCUACAGUAACCGGGAAAUGUUAAUUACACGAAAUGUAAGUGAGAUGCUUUGUAUACUUUGAUUUAUUCACUAAAUCGGUUUCCACUGCACUUUGUCGCAUUUUGCUUUUAACAAAUCACCAACUCAAACAGACCAAUAUGUAACAUUCUUUUCAGGUUUUCAAUUUUUUUUUUUAUGUGCAUAUUAAAAAUGUGCAGCUGAAUAGAAACUAAAAUAGCUCAGGAAAGUUUAUACAUCACAAUAACAUUAAUUUAAACCACUAGUAAUUAUUGCAGAAAGAGAUGCUGCGGCAUAGCUCCCCAACCAGUAGUGGGUGACAAAAUCCCUUGCAGAUAUUCAAAAAUAAGUUGUGAAAUUUAUUGCUUUAUUCACAAAUUGUAAAUGAGGUUGUGGUGUGUAAGCUUUUUUGUUUCACACAAUAUUCAGGGUGUACGGUUAUUGAUUAUUUAACGCACAGAUUUUGUGUUGUGUAGUUAAUUUGCUUAACACUACGAUUCCCCUGCAACUAAAAACUUUGACAUUUCCCAAACUGUUGUACUUUGUUUUCAACAUUAUUGAUUCUGUGCCUUGAAAAUAAAUGUAAUAUUAUCAUUAACUGCACACAGACACACUGUUUAAUUUCAGGUUUGCAGGAUAUGGCCUUGUUUUCUUACUGCUGGAGCUGCACGUCUGUCUCAUAAGUGAAUUUAAAACGCCACCAUCUGUCGAGUUGGGCCUCUCAGUGAAAUGAGGCAGGGCACAAAAAAUGAUUAGUAUGGCUGCCGGUGCUUCCUGUGACAUUAGGCCUGCAAAUCAUCCCACCUCCCCUCAACUCACGCACACACAGUAUACAUACACUAGCAACCGCCUCCUGUUGUGUUUCCUGACAAAGUGCAGUGGAAAUGUUUGCAUGUUAAUGUGAGAUUUCAUUGUAGUUAUGCACCCUGAUUUUUCAUUCGCCCUGCUAAAAAAUGCAGUGAUUUACACUUAAAGCUCAAUUGAUUUGUACACUAUCUGCAAUGAUUUAUACUAUGCUUCUGAAAUUAUCCGCCUUCAUGGAGUGAUUUACAUAACUGUAAGAAUAUUAAGAUAUUAAUUCAAGCACUGAGUUUUACUAUAUGCAAAAUUUUGGCACUUUGGCCGUCGCCAUAUUUGGAUAAGAGAGGUGGAGGAAUAUACAUUGCUGCACCUGACAGGUCACCAUGGUAGUGACUUGUCAAUCACAGGGUAGCCUCUCCCUAAAGCAUACCCUGCUUUAUUGUCUAUUUGCCUCUAAAUGGGACCAUAAUUUACUGAUGAACAUCAUGCGGUAUUAAAGGAGACUAGAAGCUCAUUAGGAAAGUGUUUCCUGAGGUAAUAAAUCAGGUGAGAAGGAGGCAUAUAUUAUCAUCUACUACUAUGCAAUCUGACUUAUUUUGCAAACACUGGACUCGCCCCGUGUUGGACAUUAGAAAGAAUGCAGGUUUAAGGAACUUCCGCGUUGGCUUCACUUUUCAGACCCGGGGGGUUUCCCACUUGGAAAAUACCCAUGCCAAUAGAAUUUAAAUGAGAAGAUAGCUCCAUAAAUAUACAGGACCUCUAGCAUUUUCAGAACCAUAAGGGCUCGUUAUAGGGACCUUGUAGACUACCAAGUUUCUGAUGUCAAUGAUGUACUGGGUGUGCAGGAUAUACACCUAUAAGACCUGAUUCCAGCUGGUUUAAUAUCAUGUUCUUGAUUCUUGCAAUCCUGUCAUUUCAAAAUAAAAUUGUGUUUUUAUUUGAACUUUGAA